AUGUCGUUUACAGGAACUCAGCAGAAAUGCAAGGCUUGCGAGAAGACAGUGUACCCUGUGGAGCUUCUCUCAGCUGAUGGAGUCAGCUAUCACAAGUCUUGCUUCAAAUGCACUCACUGCAAAAGCAGGCUUCAGCUGAGCAGAUACUCAUCAAUGGAAGGUGUGUUGUACUGUAAGCCUCAUUACGAGCAGCUCUUCAAGGAGUCUGGUAGCUUCAACAAGAAUUUCCAGUCACCUGCAAAACCAGCUGAGAAAUCAAGUCCUGAGCUGACAAGGACCCCUAGUCGAGUUGCUGGCAUGUUCUCUGGUACACAAGAGAAAUGUGCUACUUGCAGUAAAACUGUGUAUCCUAUAGAGAAGGUAACAGUGGAGAGUCAGACAUAUCACAAGUCAUGCUUCAAGUGCUCACAUGGAGGCUGCCCCAUUUCGCCUUCAAACUAUGCAGCUCUUGAAGGGAUUUUGUACUGCAAGCACCAUUUCGCUCAGCUCUUCAAGGAGAAGGGAAGCUACAACCACUUGAUCAAAUCCGCUACUAUCAAACGCUCUGCAGCCGCCGCUGCAGUCGCUGCUGGUGUAGCAGCAGCUGCGGUUCCUGAAUCUUAA